AUGGUGGAAAAAACACUGCAUGCGACGAACCACAUUAAAGACUUAAAGGAGAUAUUUCAACAACUUCGAACAUACAACAUGAAACUCAAUCCCAAAAAAUGCGCUUUUGGAGUACAAGGAGGGAAAUUCCUCAGCUUCAUACUCACCUGCCGAGGUAUUGAAGCCAACCCUGAAAAAUACCAAGCGAUACUGAACAUGAGAAGCCCAAGGACGGUCAAAGAGGUUCAACAAUUUACUAGUCGGCUAGCAGCAUUGUCUCAAUUUUUGCUUUGUAUAGCUCACCGAUCGCAUCACUUCUUCAAGGCGCUAAGGAAACAGGAAAAAUUUGAAUGGUCUGAGGAAUGCGAAAAAGCCUUCACCGAACUCAAAACCAUUCUUUCAAAACCACCUAUACUUCACAAACUGGAAUUGGGUAAAUUGCUAUACCUCUAUUUAUCUGUUACUAAUCAUGCUAUCAGUUCUGUCUUGGUAACAGAAACAGGAAAGCAACACCAUCCAGUAUACUUCAUCAGCAAGUCUCUCCAACAAGCUGAAGUCAGAUACCCGAGGAUAGAAAAACUCGCAUUGGCCUUAAUAAUAAUGGCCAGACAGCUGACGCUAGACAAAUCCAGUCCAACCAUAUCUAAUUGGACGCUAUACGUCGAUGAGGCUUCGAACAACAAGGGUUCUGGAGCUGGAAUUCUGCUUGAAGACGAACAAGGGACAGCUCUAGAGCAAUCCCUACAAUUUACCUUCCAUGCAAGCAAUAACCAGGCAGAAUACGAGGCACUAAUAGCAAGACUAAAGCUAGCCCACACAAUGGGCAUAACACAACUAAGCAUCAAAUGCGAUUCCCUACUCGUGGUGCAACAGAUAACAGGUAAUUUUCAGGUAAAAGAUCCACUGUUAGAAAAAUAUAAUGCUAUUGUCAAUAACCUUAUUGGUGGUUUCCAAAAUUUCAAUAUUUCCCAUAUACCUCGAGAACAAAACGAUAAAGCUGAUAUUCUUUCGAAAUUGGCAACAACUAGGAGUCAAACUAAAACUCCGACCUUAUCUCAACUAACACUUGAUGAACCUAGUGUUAUGCUAACAGCAAUUUCGAGUAUUUCACAGGAAGAAGAGUGGCGAAAACCUUUCGUACACUAUCUACAAACAGGACAAAUACCUGACGACGUUCAAAAUAAGAGAAAGUUCAAAAGAAGAGUGAGUUUCUACACACUACUUGGCUACGAAUUAUACAAGCGAGGUUUCACUAGACCUCUUCUAAAAUGCCUAGAUACUACGGAUGCCAAGUUAGCCAUGGAUGAGGUACACGAAGGCGUUUGUGGAACGCGUAUAGGAGGACAAAGUUUAGCUUCCAAGAUCCUUCGAGCAAGCUACUACUGGCCAACUUUGCAACAAGAUUGCAUACAUAAAGUUCAACAUUUUGACCACUACCAAUGUCAUGCACCAGUCAUCCAUAACCCAGCCGAGCAGUUGCAUUCAUCAGAGGGGCUCAGGAAGAAGCUUGAAGAUUCCAAAGGAGAAUGGGCUGAGCUCAUCCCAGAAGUACUAUGGAGCUAUAAUACAAUAGAGCAAUCCUCAAAGAAGGAAAUCCCUUUCAGGUUGGUGUAUGGAUGUGUUGCCAUGCUACCUGUCAAAAUCUCCUUACAAUCUCCCAGAACUGCAAGCGUCAAUGAAGACGACAACAUUGAAAACAGAAGAACCGAGCUUGACCUCGUCGAAGAAAAUCGAAACAAGUCAGCACUUCAACAACUCACAGCAAAACGAGCUAUAGCUUGGAAGUACAACAAGAAACUCAAGUCAAGAACAUUCUUAUAG